AUGUUAACUCAGGCUUUACAGGAUGAAAGACAUGCACGUCAGCAUAGAGAUACUGAAAUUGAUGAUCUCAGGAGGCGUAAAGAUGCUAAAAUCGAUGAUCUUAGGAGGUGUAAAGAUGCCGAAAUCAACAACCUCAGAAGAACCGCACAUCGGUGGACUGCGAGGUAUAAUGCUGGAGAAGGAGGCAUGGUUGUGCCGUUCGUCAAGCUCAGAAUUGGAAAGACUGAUAUAGGGAUGAAACUUUGGGACAUCAAAAAUGGCAUGGUGUAUCCCAAAGAUUGGAAGGG